AUACUCCCGAAUUAUAGUAUCCUGAGGCCUAGAACCCUAUUUUAUAUAGCUUGCGAACUGCAAGCUAGUAUAGCCUCAAACUUACUAAGUAAUCCUAAUUACUUAAUUAUAGACUUAAGUUUAGGUAUACUAAAAAUGCAGCUAAUUAAUUUCUAUAAUACAAUUCAUUCAGAAGACUCUAAUAAUAUAUUAAUUAUAUUAAGAGAGGACAUUUUACUUAUUACUCUCUAUAAUAGCUUUCUAUUACUAGUUUAUUUAAUUAGCUAUAUAAAGAAUUAUUCUCUAAGGCUAUUAAAUAAAUCAGGGAAAGGUACCUUCUAUAGACCUAAUAUAUCUAUUUCUUCCGUAUUAGACUUAAGUUUUAUUACUAGUAGAAUAGUAACUAAGAUUAAGGACUGGCAAGUAUUACUAGAAUUAGGUUCUAAUUACUUCGGGGUUCUAUUUACUAUUAGUAAGUCGACUUAUAGCUCUAGUUCUAAUCCAGUCAGAUUUAAUACUAAGAAAGCAGA